AUGGGUGUAUUUUUUAUCGAGUUUUUUCGUUCACUCAAGAAGCCUACGAAAUAUAUGCUUGGAAGAACUUUGCUGUUUUUCGCCUAUCUAGUGUUCGGCGCUCUUGUAUUUCAGGCGAUAGAGUCAGGUGCAGAAAAUGGCCGCAAACAGCAACUGGAGUCGGUAAAAGAACAAGUGGCAAGAAAAUAUGGCAUAAGUGACAGAGAUUUAAAGUUACUUGUAGAUGAGAUAGAAAUGGCUGUCGAUGGGGGUUAUUUGAAAGCGGAUUAUGAUCGAUGGAAUUUCGCUGGAUCGCUACUGUUUACAAGUACAGUAGUUACUACAAUAG